AUGCCAGGCUGUCGGCCGAUCACGCAUGGCGGGCUCGAAGGCGGGCUGCUUAGGGCGGGCACGGCGAUUAAUCGUGACGCCAUCCUCGCAUGGGUGCUAGACGAAACGGGGCGGGUGUGUGCUGUGCGGGCACCGGCGUCUGCCUGCGACGGGCCGGCAACACUGGUCUCGCUGCAAUGGAUCGCGCCGCCGGAGUUUGCGCAAGAAAAUAUCGCUCGUGGCGGGGCGCUGAAAUAUCGGAUUUCUCGGAGUGUGCCUCUUGGCGUGGGCGACAAACUGAUGGGGCGUCACGGUAACAAAGGGGUGAUCUCGACGCUUCUGCCCGAUGCGCAGAUGCCUUGCCUGCCCGAUGAUGAGCAGCUACCGGCGCAACUGCGCGGGCAGCCAAUGGAUUUGAUUCUCAAUCCGCAUGGGGUGGUCGGUCGCUUAAACAUCGGGCAGUUAGCAGAAACCCAAUGGGGGCUGGCGGCGAUGAUGGGGGCCACGCUGCCCGACACGUUGGCCUUUGGUGCACAAGAUCAUGCCGCGUUGCUUGAGGCGUUUUUUGCGUCGUUGGCGGACAGGACUCAGGGCCUUGUCGAUACAAACGGCAAAAUCCGGUUGUGCUUACCGGAUGGAACGCUGACAGAGCAGCCCGUUUGCGUGGGGGUUCAACACACCGUCCGAUUGGGUCACUCGCCGGCGCUGAAGGCAAACUAUCGCGGCGGGGGCGAACAAGGUUGCGCGACUUACAACAUGGUCACCGGUCAACCGGCGGGUGGCCGUCGCGUGGGUGGCGGGCAGCGGAUCGGUGAGAUGGAAAUGUGGGCGCUGGCAGCGAAUCGGUUGCCGGCCUUCUUGAAUGGCGUGCUCGGCUAUCGCUCCCAACCGCGACCAGCUAAUGCACAGCAAGAGGCUGACCGUUACUUUGCCGGCGGGCUGCACAAUGCGGUUAUUGCCCACCUGUUUGCUUUGGGGUAUCGAGUAAACGGGGUUGGCCCAGAGGCGCGAUUACAAGCGAUUGAGCCAGCGGAUCUCGAUGGCUUUGCCCAGGUGUUGCAUGGCGGGCUUUGGGAGUCUAGUCAACGCGUGCGCUUUGGCUGUCCGGGAUGCUCGUUGUUAAAGGAGGCCUUCUCCGUGUCGCUCGAUAGACGGGGGACGCCUGUGCCGGUGCGGGCGAGCCUUUGGCUUGAUCGGGUGCAGGUGGUGGCGCAGGAUUUGAAUGCGCUGCAAGGGUGGCUUAACAGACCCGAUCAUCUGGAUUUGGGUGUCGGUGAGAUCGCCUCGCAAGGGUUUCGCCUGCGAUUUGCGCACGGCAAACCUUUGCGUACAAACAUGAUUAUUAAGCGGGAAAAGAAUGGUCUACAGUGGCGUUUGGCGCUGCAGAUUGAGGACCCGUGCACCGAACUGCUGGCGCAGGAUCAUCCAGAGAUUUUGUUCGAAAGAGUCGCUGACGGGAACACAAAGUUGGCCUGGGCGGUGCUCGAUCUGCGCACGCGGAAACGCCCGGGGGCUUGGAAGCUUGCCCAGUUCUUCACCAAAUGUGCCAGCCACUACGGCAGUAAUCUGAUCGUUGAAGAUCUCACCGGGACCUCUAAAACACAAGCUGAACCGGAUGGAUUGGCCGACCCUAGGAUCUUCGGGCAAGCCGAUCUGCGCGAAGGGGGGGUGACCCGGGCUGGGGUUAUCGCAUUGGGGUGCACCGUUGUCCCGGGUCAUCCCGACGAGCAUUUACCGCCCCUGACGCACUGGCCAGUAUUGCCAUUCCGGUAUCGCUAUGAACCGCCGGCCAGCGUUGGCAGAGCCCGUGGACACGAUCGCCUAAAUGAACUGUAUCGUCGCCUGCUUGACGCGCGCGACACGGUUUCUUCAGAUAAACGUAUCAGCCGCGUUGGUUCUGUGAUCGGCCAGAUUCGUAAUGAGAUCGCAACACGUUUGUUCGGUCGCGUGGGCGAUCGCCAGCACCAAGCGCUAGCACCAAAGGUUGCCUUGGUGCGCGGGGCCGGCUUGGCGCGCCGUGUGAACUACAGCGGGCGUGCAGUCAUUGUUCCUGAUCCUGGAUUGUUGUGGCACGAAUGUUCGUUGUCCUUGCGGGCGAUUGUGACGUCAUUUGCGCCCUGGUUUCGACUUGAAGUGCUUGCCGCGGGCAAGCAAACUGCACGAUGGGCGGAUGAUCGGUGGUGGGCUGAACCGGACUUCGAGCAGCUUACGGAGCAGGACGGGGAGUCGCUGCAAUCAUUGGUUGAGCAGGUUUUAGCGCGUGAUGAGGGCGUAUGGACUCUGCUGGUGCGCAAUCCUUCGCUGCAUCGACACAACGUUCAAGGCUUUCGGGUGCGAUUACGCCGGCAUGAUCAGGGUGAAGUGAUCGGCAUCAACCCGUUAGUUUGCCGAGGGUUCAAUGCUGAUUUCGAUGGGGAUGAAAUGUCGUUUCAUGCAGCCAUUACGGUGGCCGAACGCGAUGAGGCGAUUUCGGCACGACCGAGCGCUCUGCAAAGCCGCUUGUCAUGGGCCGAAACGGGGCUUGUCCCAAUGUGCAGUUUGACGCAGGAUUUUUUGCUGGGCGAUUGGUUGCAGCGUCAACAGGACACAGAAUCCGAUACUCCCGCUGAGAUAAGCGGACUGGGUGGACAAGGUAGCGUCCGGGAGCGUGCCGCGCAGCUUUUUGUCAGUGCAAAAGAGGAGCGUCAGCUGAUCGCCCAGAUGACACACUGGUGCGAGCAGGUCCUAAAGCGGGCCACAAAGCGCGGGGCGUCCUUCUCGUAUGUGGAGCUUCGGGUAUUGGCACGAUACCUACUGGAGCAUACCGAUAACCAGGCAAGUGCUGCCGGCGCUGACCGUAAUGCGAUGCUUGGACAAGCUUGCCUACGAACGGUCCUGGCGUUGGCCAAAGCGCCCGAGCCGUUAGCGGGGCGAGACUUGGCGGCGAUGGCAGCCAGUGGUGCGCGUGGUGAUGCGGCGCAGCUGCGCCAGCUGUUACUAGAACGCGGUUGGCUAUCGAGUGGCGAUGAGAAGCUAGAUGCCACCAUCCAGACCCAAUUUGGGUUUGGACUGGUUCAAGGUGCCACUAAUGCUGCCAUGUUCUUUGACACCUGCUAUAGCGCGCGGGUAGAAAUGGCCGACAAGAAGCUUUUGGUGGCCCGUGCGGGCGGGUUGACUCGACGCUUGGUGUUUGCCCUUUGGCCCGUGACGAUCAGAGCGGGGAGUUGUACCAGCCCAGCGGACACAUUCCGUACUCCCGGUCAGUGCCGCUGGGCGCCACAACGUUAUAUUUGCGCUGCUUGCUAUGGGCCGCUCGCGGGGGGGGUGGCGCCAACGGCGGGCUUACCGGUCGGAUUGCUGGCGGCUCAGUCCAUCGGUGAGCGGGGGACCCAGUUGUCAAUGCAGAGUUAUCACGGCAGCGGCACGCAAUUUUCGAUAGGGGAUGUCAUUGCCGCGCUUAGGCCCCAGAAGGAAAAGGAUCGAGGGCCGUGGUUGUUAGAAGAGGAGUUUGUGCAGCGUUUCGUUAGUCAAUCAGCCUAUGCGAACCUUGAUCAACGUCACUUACGAUUGCUCUGGCGUUUUACUCACGGCGAGCAAAUGAGCCUCGCUCAGGCCGCUGUGACGGAUGGACUGGAUGCCCUGGCUAGCGUGCCAGCGAUUGCUGGUAAUAGCCCGUUCCGAAUGCCCGAGUCGGUGCUGGCACAAGCCCAGGUGGAUGCAUCAGCAUCUAGUUCUUUUCGGCCUUGGGCGCAGAUGUUGCAAGGACUGGCGCCGGUCAGCGAGGCCGAAUCAUGA